AUGCCCACAACUGCCAGAGCUGAAGCCAGGGCCCGAGAAUUCCAUCCGAGCUCCCGCAUGGGCGGCGAGGACUUGAGCUACGCAAUACCAGAAAGCUGGGCUGAACGUGCUGAUGCCCGCCCUGGGAGGCAGCAGGUGACGGCUCAGGUGUUUGAUCUCUGGUGCCCACAUGGGAGAGUUAGGCUUCAGCCCAGCUGCUGUGGGCAUUUGGAAAGUAAACCAGUAGAUGGGAGCUUUCUCUCUCUUUCUGUCUCUCAAAUAAAAAGCAAUCAAUUAAUCAAUAGUUUUAAAAGACAAUCAAGGACUUGGACUCGUGGCGUGCGGGGACAGGCGCUGUGUGCCUUCGGUCCUCCCUGGGGGCAGGGUCGGGCGGGAGGUUGUGGCCGCAACCUGCUCCCCGCCCCGCAGCCCGAGGAGGAGGACGAGGAGGAGCCGGCGCUGGAGGAGCUGGAGCAGCGCGAGGUGCUAGUGCUGGGCCUGGACGGCUCGGGCAAGAGCACGUUUCUGCGCGUGCUGUCGGGGAAGCCACCGCUGGAGGGCCACAUCCCCACCUGGGGCUUCAACUCCGUGCGACUGCCCACCAAGGACUUCGAGGUGGACCUGCUGGAGAUCGGCGGCAACCAGAACCUGCGCUUCUACUGGAAGGAGUUUGUGAACGAGGUGGAUGUGCUAGUGUUCAUGGUGGACUCGGCUGACCGGCUGCGGCUGCCCUGGGCCCGCCAGGAGCUGCACAGGCUGCUGGACAAGGACCCCAACCUGCCUGUCGUCGUGGUGGCUAACAAGCAGGACCUGAGCGAGGCCUUGAGCGUGGUGGAGCUGCAGCAGGAGCUGGGCCUGCAGGCUGUCGACACCCAGCGGGAAGUUUUCCUCUUGGCGGCCAGCGUAGCUCCUGCAGGCCCUGGCUUUGAAAAUCCCGGCACUGUGCACAUCUGGAAACUGCUCCUGGAGCUUCUCUCCUAGGCCGGAGCCCACCUGCUCGCUGCCCACCUGGGGACCACAGUGCUGCUGCUGCUGCUUCCUCGCCAGCUCAGGCCUGGAGUCCAGGCCUGGGGCACUUUCCUUCUCCCUCCUUUCACUCCUAAGAGCGAGGCCAAGAAUCAAGCAGAAGCCUUCCUGCCCUGAGGCUGAAGCAGGGAGGUGGGUGAAGCCAUCCUUGGGAGAGGAGAGUACCUGGCUCAUUCUCUGCGCCAGCACAGAUCAGCCUCUCGUUCUCUUUCCUGUGCAGAGUGAUGCGGGGGUGGGGGUGGGGGUGGGGGCAGUGCUCCCCCUGGCAGUUCCCAGCAGCAGUGCAGUGCGGGAGGGACUCCUGGAGCCUCGGGAUCUCCUGGUCUGGCCUCUGGCCUUCUCCCGCGGGCAGGCUCUAGGCACUGCGCAGUGAGCCGUUGCUCCCGGUCCCGCGCUGUACUCCCGCCCCGCUCUGCCUAAGUGGCUUGUGGCCUUCCUUGUGCAGUUGCUGCCUCUCUGGCCCUCGGGCCAUCGUUGCUAAAGGAGAGUGAUUUCCAGGUUUUCCUAACUUGGAAAUGCAGUUCCCAGCCAGUGCUAGGAUGAACCUGGAAACCCCGGCCAGGAGCUUUGGGGAGACCCUCCCUGCUUCCGCAGCCUGCCAGCCUCCCCUGAUAACAGAACGAGUGGUACUCACCCACGACACGGAACGGGAGAGGGCUGCCUUCCCCCCAAGUCUGGAGACAAGCUGCUGCUUUUGUGCUAACUGUGCCAGUGCCAUGUUUACACAAGUCUGGGGUAAGACGGAGCCCGUGUCCCGGGAAGAUCAUCGGCUGGAGCUGGGGUUGGCCUCAGAACUGCGUUUUAUUUAUUUAUUUAUAAAAGGAACAGGCCACAGUUCUAGGUUCUGUUUCUAGGUGCUGUUAUCAAAACCCCAGAUGACCCCAGAACAUGUGGGACUUUGCAGACAAUACCUUGGAAGCACGAAUGACAAUGAGAUAACCUGCAGACGCCAAUGGAGACAGAGCUGUAGCAUCCCACCCCAGACCCCUGGCCUUUGAGCCUUUGACUGAUACCAUAAUAUUUCACAUGGAUUCACUUGACCUUACUUAAACUCCCGACCUGGCCCCGUAUGUUGAAGAUCCCUUCUUGGAGACUGUGGGAGAGGAAAUUUUUGUUAUGCCCAAAAAACCAUGAAAAUGUUUCCAUCUGGUGACCCCAAAGGACACGAGCAGCAGACCACAUACCAGAGCCUCUCUGGACCCAUUCAGUCCCCAGCAGAUGCAGAAUUGCACUGAAUCGCUGGGGUUCUCUCCAGUGCACAUCCCAUGGCUCCCAUGCUCAGCGGAAGGCCAGUCUCUGUUGACAGUUCUCGUGGGGGCAGCCAGGAGCCUUUGGUCUGUCAGGGCCUCCUGAAUAGUCAGCAGUGCCCAGUGGACUUUUCCUGUAGGACAGGCUGUCCCACUGCGUUGCUUUCUGAUGGAGCAUAGAGAUUGUGUGCCUUUGUUUCAUUUGCUAUUGUCCCAGCAUGCGUCAGUUCUGUACCACAGCCAGUGUAGAAGGGGCGAGGGCGGGGGACAGAAGCCUGGAUGGGAGUGUGCUCAUCGGGACCACUGGAGGAGUGGGCUGCAGGACAGCACAGUGGAAAUGCUGUUCUUUGAGUUGCCAACCCACUUUCCACAGUCAGAAGUGAUUUUUCUGCUUUUGUAUUGAGCGUGUAAGGAAUAUCUUGGGUUUUAGAGUAGUGAGACUGCUGGCAACUUUUCCUUUUGGGAACCGAUCUCUGUUCAGUGACCUCUGCCUUGCGCUCCAGCGUCACAGGGUUGCCUUGGGAACCAGCAUUCCUUGUUGAGAGGGACCCUUUUUCCCAAUGAAGAUCUGCCUUUGUCCAAUGAAUACCAUUCUGUAGAACAAUUUUCUAAGUCCCCAGCAAGGGGAGGUGAGUUUGAAUAAAGAAUUUCACUCCGUGUAAAAA